CACCCUUUGCCUCACUCAUCUCCCUCACACGCAAUACCACCGCCGACCCUGCCUCCACUAUCAAGUACCAUCGACAAAAAACUCUGUAGAUAACCUGAAAUCGUUUCACGAAUCUCGUGCAACUUGUUCUGAUACACUCAAAUUUUAUAUUUGCAACUCCGUCUUCCAACUGACCUUCUUUUCUCGAACUGCAAAAUGGAAUUCUACAGGAAUCUUAAGGGAUCAGACUGGGCAUCUCUUCUCCCUUUUGGAAUAGCCUGUGCUGCCGUUGGUUAUGGAAUAAAGACUCUAAUUGAUAAGAAAAUAGCCCCUGUUAAUUUAUCCAUUAGAAAAGAAGAUGCCAAGGUCGUUGAUAGUUUUGAUAUUGAAGACUUGGGAAACAAGGCUGUUUUCUGUCGAUGCUGGCGAAGCAAAAAAUUCCCAUAUUGUGAUGGCUCUCACACUCCACAUAACAAGAUAUGUGGGGAUAAUGUUGGACCUUUGAUUAUAGAGAAUAAAGCUGCUGGAGACAAAAAGGAAGCCCAAUAAGACUUAUUUUAAUUUACAUCUUUGAAGUGCUGGAUAGAGAAUACAUUGUUAUUUUUUCAAGUGUUGCAGUUCCUACGAGACUGUAAUUAUUUUAAGAGAAUUGUAAUUAUUUUAAGAGAAGAAUUCUACAUAAAGCAGUACUGUCUAUCUUUAUGAGGCAUAUGUAUAUACUGGUGAAGGCACAUAAAUAGCCUAGCAUUAACCUCAGCCUCAAGAAGAAUGUGUAGGGCAGCUGUAAAAAUGGUACUAAUUAUACAUGGUUUAAUAAUGUGUAAUUCAUAUUCAGACUACAUAAGUUGCUAUCUACAUGCAGCUUACAAUUAUAAGUUCUCAGAAUGUAUGUACGUACAAUCCAGUAAUAUGAUUUCACUGAGCUGUUCAAUUCUGAACUGAAUAGUCCUUAAAUAAUUUUAAGUAGUAAAAUUAUAGGUUCCUGGUCUUUUGUACUAAAUUAAUCCACUAAGAAAUCAUUUCAUGAAUUUUUACUAAUCAAAUGAACUGAAAAAUCGAGUUUCAUGGUCUUGUACUGAUACGUUGUACGUAAUCAAAAGCAUAAUAUGUCUUUUAUACUAAUUUAAACAGCCUUUUUACUAAUGAAAUCUGUGGUGAAAUUAAGGGUUUUAUGGCCUUUUGAGUUUCUUGUACAAAGAUAAAUGAUACUGUAACUGAUUUUUUUUUUUAUCUGAUCAUGAAUUUUUUCUAUCAGAAUCUUUGAGAGGAAAGUAUUCUUUUCUUGAAUGAAAUAUAAUUUGUAAGACAC